UCAACAUCUGGAAAUGAUUUUCAACAUCAUUGUAAAGGAAUGAUAAGACAACAAGAUAAAGAAGCGAUUUUAUUUGAAGAUUACAGUAAUGUUCGAGAAAAAAUUAAAAGAAAAAGAGUUUGUUAUCGAUAUGGUUCAGAAGAUCAUAUUGUAUAUAAUUGUAAAGAAGUAAAAAAAUGUUAUAGAUAUAAUCGUAGUGGUCAUUUGGCACGAAAUUGUCAUAUUUAUGAUUUUUAG